CAACUUUCAAAAUGGCGGUGAAAUGAGUGAGAGUUUAUUUGUGAAAUAUGAUCAUAAACGAUUCGGACUCUUUUUCUUGGAAACAAAACUUGAAACUAGAUAUGCCGCGUGUUUAUUCCCUUCUGCUUUCGUCUCGCGAAAAAGAUCCGUGAUAGAACUUGUUGUUUAGAACUUUAAUAGAACUAAAACAAUUACAAUGGGCGAAUUUUCGAUUGGCCUUCCAGAAAUCGGACAUCAUCUAGGAUUCGUCGUUGUACAUGGGCAGAGAUCCAAGGGAUUUCAGGCUUUAUUACACGGCAUUGCGGCUGCAAAGACCAAGCAUGUAAGUAUAUGAGUAAAUUUAUUUGAUUAAUUUAAAUGGCGUUCCGGAAUUUACAAAACCAUUUUAAAUCGUUUCUUAAAUAUACUGUAGGAAGAAGAUAAAAUUGUGAGGAAAGAACUUGUGAGUCUCAAGGACCAUCUUAGAUCUUCAAAAUUAACAGCUGUAAGUUCAAUGUCGAUACACAACAAAAUGGCAUAUAAACUGGAAAAUAUGAUAGACAUAUUAUUAUUAUUGAUUAUUAUUAUAUGAAUAUUUAUUCAGGAUAAACUCAUCUGAGUAUUAUAGAGCUCCGUUAUCAGUGAGGUUCUGUAUUAAACCUAUUGAGCUAUACUAAUUAAGUUAAAUUACAACUAGAUUAAUUAAGUUAAAUUACAACUAAUUAUAAUUAUAUUAAAACUAAAGAUGAGGUAAUUAAUUGGCCAUUUUGACAUAAUAUGUAAUCAGCCUAUUAUUGCAUGAUAAUCAGCGAGAUGGUCAGUUGUAAGAAGAUUACUAUAACUUUUACAUUCUGACAAAAUUGGGUGGAAUGACAUACAAAUGUGGACAGAUAUAUAUGGAUAGGCAAUCCUAUACUUACUGUAUGUUAUAUUAUAUUGUUAUUUAGAAGCAGAUCAGAGAGUUAUUGAUUCGAUUAAUUUACUGUGAAAUGCUCGGCCAUGAUGCUUCAUUUGGUUAUAUCAACGCGAUCAAAUAUGCGGAACAAUCUGCGCUCUUAGACAAGAAAACUGGUAUGUAACAAAAUAAACCAAUGUAGCUUUUUUUAAAUGAUGACCAUGCAAAAGUAAUCCAGUAUUUUAAUUUUAUUAGGUUAUCUGGCUGCUUCAAUAUUUCUGAGUAGAAAUCACAAUCUUGUUUGCCUACUAAUAAAUACAAUACAAAAGGUGUGUUACUGUAGCUGUCUUUGUAUUAAUUGAAUCAUCUUUGCAUCGGUGCUUCUACCAUUUGCAUGCGACCAUGAACUGUGAAGGUUUUCCCACAUUUGUGUAUGUUUCAAAUGUACAUGUUUGCUGUUACUUUUAUAUGUAUUUGUCAGUCUCCCCCUUGUUGUUUUAUAAUCUAUAGAAGGUAGGUUUUAGAUCAAAUAUAGCAUUUUUUAUCAGUUUUACACUGAAUCUUAAAUAUUAUAUUUCAUAAUAUCUGUACAAGUGAAAUAUAUAUACUCCACAUUUCGAAUUUUUUAUGAACUCCACUUCUUUAUUAGAAAGUUGUCAGGGUGGGUUAGGAUAAACAUAGUUAGGAAAGUAAUAUCACAAUUGUUCUAAAGAUAAUUAGUUUAGGCAGCUAAGUAGGUAAUACGUAAGCAUAAUUAUACUUGAUGUAAUCGGUCACUGAAAAGCCCCAUUGGGGAGUGAGCUGAAUAAUAUAUGUAUUUAUAAUAUAACAUUUGUAAGUUAAAUGUAUAUUAGAUACUAUUGCCUAUUUGCCUGGCAUUAGAUAGGCUGUGUGGCAGAUGGUCAGCUGGCCUGCCUUUUGGGUACAUUGCAGCUGAAUGGUUUAAUGAAAAAUUCCUGCAGCAUAUUGGAUUAUACUAAACGUGUGCUUUUUUCCCAUCAAUCAGUAGUAUGGUGUACCUCUUUUCAGGACUUGAAGAGCACAAAUGUUGUCGCAAAAAGCACUGUGUUAAAUGUCAUUUGCAACUUAGUGGAUGCUGAAAAGAUUCCUCCCCUACUUCCCUUCAUUGUUGCAGCUUUGAAAGAUAAAAGGUACUAGAUGUUCACAAUACAGUAAUAUUUAUUCUUCAUACUGUGAGCAACGGAUUGAGCAAAAUGUCGCAAAUGCAAAAUGUGUAUAAAUGUAAAGUGUGGACUGGUGCAUUGUUUAGUACAAUCAAAUGUACCUUUUGCCUCGGUGACUGUGUAAUAUACAGUUAUCUGAUUAUAAUUUUGCCUUAAUCACACGUGAGACGAGUGCCUCCUGUCCCAAACAAUACAAUCCAGUUUGCUUCUGUAGGAAUACCAGAAGAAAAAGGGUUUUUUACUGCUACAGUAGAUGUCUAGGGAGAACCAGCUAUUCCAAUAGAAUAAAGUCAGUUUAUUUUUAUAGGUUCCCUCCUGCAGUAACACUGGAACAAUAAACAAUGACAGUUAUAGCCGUUAUCCAAUAUGAAUAAAGUUACAGUAGUUCAGUUUAGAUUACCUCUUGUAUACACGUAAAAACACACAAGUUGUAACAAACCUGCGGCAAACUUGUAGCAAUGCUGUUCCAACCAACAACUUGUCAACAGGAUGUGUUCGCACUGCUUGUUCCCAGCUUGUCAACGGCUUGUUGACAACUUGCUACAAGGUUGUUGAGUUCAACAGACUUGUUACAAGUUGUUCCAACAACUUGUUAUCGUCAUGCAAUUCAACAAUUUGUCAACAAGUUGUGAGUGACAACUUCGUAGCAACUUGAUAAAAUAACUUACAGCAUUGUUACAACCUGUUGACAAGCGUGCUACAAGCCUGUUGCGAACACAUCUUGUUGACAAGUUGCGAGAUUUUUACAUGUGUAGUAGAACUACCCAAUACAAAUAAAACAACGAUGAUAAGUUUUAUUGUGACAUAAUGAGAGAGAACUAAAUGUUUUUUUCUCAGAGUGGAAAUCAGAAAGAAGGCGUUGAUAACAUUAAAACACGCUCACCAACUAAGCGAAGAUUUAAUCACCAACAUUGAUGAGGAACUUCGUUCAGCAAUAUCAGAUCGAGAUCCUAUUGUUGUUUCUGCUGCUCUUCAAUUUUUCCACACUCUUAUUAAGGUAAUUAAGCUUUUAAACAGUGGUUGUUAUCUUUAUUUUCCCCUGUUCCAUAUAUGUUCAAUCUACAGGGUGUAUCGAAAUAAACGCAAUUCAUCUUUUAUGCUUAAUAACUUUCGAAAUACUAUUUCUAGUUAAACGCUUUUAGGCUUACUUCAAGGCAUGUUCUUUUCUCUUUCAAACAAACUAUUAUCCUUGUCUCCAAUGCUAGUAAUAAUUGCACAGGAAAAGAUUUAGCAAAACCUAUCAUUUUUAGUUGCUGUUUAAUUAUGCAAGUUUACUAUGUUAUUGUUUAGUCGGUUUAAAUGUUAGAAUUUUCUUCUUUAAACUUUAAUGUUGUCGUCACUACAUCUGGAAAACCACGUAAGAACAAAUUAAAAGUAUUUAAAAGAGACCAGGUUGUUUGAAAAUCCUAAACGAAUGCUAAAAAUCGUCAAACAUUCUGGUGUCUGAGCCAGAGUGUCAUCGAAUUGCGAUGUAAUGUAAACUGAAAUUAUAGCAAGUUGAUGUCAGUCAGCUUAGAUGGUCCAAGCCAAAAUUAUAUCGCAUUUGAAGUUUCAAACUGAGUUAAAAAUAGUGGAAGAAAAGCCGUAAUUAUACUUAUUGUUACAGUCCAUUUAAUAAAAUGCAACAUUUUUUUGUUUUAAUGAAAAAUCAGUUAUUUUCAUGAGAACGAUUUGUUAUUCCAUCUCAAUUUUGUUAAUCUCCAAUCGCAAUAACGUAAAGUAUUAUUACCCGCGAACCAAUGAGUAAAAUUUAAGAAACAACCCACUGUUAGAAAGCUGAAUGGCCACGCUUUAAAAUGAAUGUAAACUUUAACGUUUUCGUCUAUUAUUUGUUUAGCAAUUUACAUUUCAAUCGAGGAUUGCGCUUUUUUUUAUACACCCUGUAUAUUUUUAUGCCCUGGACAGAACUUACAUGAUGUGUCAUUAACAUGCGAUCACUCAAUGAACGAAUAGCAAGAACAUAUAAUGUAAUAGUACACUAUAAGCACGACAGAUCUUAGUAAGCAAGACAGUUCUUUGGAGGGUAUAGUAGCUCUGUUGGAGAGGAUGCAUGCCACGUUUAGCAAGGCUGUAACCACGAACUCAAGUCAAUUAGGCUGUCGAGCAUGGGCGUACCGGGCGGGGGGCGGAGGGGGCGGCAGCCCCCCCCCCCCCCAAACAAAGCCAGUCGGCAAUAUUCGCUUCACAGUCGUAAGGCAAUAUUGGUUAUUAUAAAAUAAAUGGGACAAAUUCUGUCAAUUUUGUGGAAAUUCUGUCAAUUUUGUGGGAAAUAUGCUAUUUGUAUUAGAAUUUUCGUAAUCACUCCCCCUUCCCCCCGUCGACAACAAUUGUGGAAAGUUUUUUCGGAAAUUUUUUUUUGACAACUCGGGCAGAGCAACUCGGGCAGAGCAACUAGGGCACAAUACGAAAAAGUUGGACAAAUUUCUUUCCGCCCCCCUAAUUUUUUCCUUCCCGAACGCCGAUGCCAGUGUCGAGUACAGUAGGUACUCAAGCUACCUGGAGGUAUGCCCGCGGGCGCGGCAGGUAAGCAUAACGAAAAAAUAUCAAACAGGACAACAAUUGGCGUAAACGACAGCGCACUUCCUCACGAGACGUGACAACAAAAACCACAAUAAGUACGCAGACUACGAUAACAAAUUAGGCGACGGCACAUAAUAAACUACCCAGGGAUGCGUCUGGAUUGUCGGCCAAAACAACAAUACAUGACAAUACACCAAAUAACGAUACACUGUCAGGCACCUCUGGUCAGCAGCGAGCAGGAAACGCUGACACUACCCACACCUCCGCAGGUUUGCAAAAACUGUAAGCAGCCCAUAGAAGCCAACAUAAGCGGGCAACACGCCCUGCAAUCCAGUUAGCACCAGCAGCUGCCGCCCCCCCCCCCCCAAUAAAAACAAGUGCGGACAAAGGGGGGUUGGUUGGGUGGGAACGUUGCGAACGUGAAUGUCUGCAAGGAUGCUCUAACGAGAAGGGACCUUGUUCAAACCAGUUAUAAUCUUCGCAAUACUUAUACUGACCUUACCCUUGCUAAGCCAAAACGAGAAUUUCUAAAAAAAGCUUUAAGUAUAGCGGAGCUAAAUUGUGGAAUAGUCUUCCUUCUGAUGCGAAGCUAGCGCAAUCAAUUUAUUCUUUUAAAAACUGCCUGAAAGAUUCAUGCUAACAUCUUCUAAUAUACUGUAUAUGCAUGCUUUAGAAAUAUGGGUCACACCGUUUGGAACUUAAUUCUUGUAUUGUAAAUAGUUGUAUAUAAUUCUUUAUUCUUUUCUAUAUCAUAUUUGUAAUUUUUAAUAGUAACAGACGUCCCUCGUGAAAAUCAUCAAAUCGUUGACGAGGCUAACGUCUUUAAAUAAAGUUUACAUACAUACAUACAUACAUACAUACAUACCUGUGAGCUCCCCGGCUUAAAUAAACUCGGUAAGCCUGCAAUAACUAAUAUGAAUAUGUAAACAACACGCACACAUUCGUUCUCGAAGUUAAUUAUUUUUAUUGCAUAAAAUCAUUUAAAUAGCGAGCUAACUGCAUGAUAAUAUUUUCAAUUGAUUAUUUAGAAAAAUCUGUCAAAAUACCGGGGCUACCUGAAAGUAUUUCUUCAAGUCCUAACGCAAGUUGUCGAGGGCAAACUGUCAGAAUAUAAUUUCCAUGGAGUACAAGCGCCUUGGAUUCAGAUUAAAUUGCUAAAGAUCCUUGCCUUACUGGGACAGCAGAAUAAAAGGUGCCCAUUAUUUUUAUAUUUUCAGUUUGAAAAUUAAAUUUUGAAGUCAUCUUAGAUAUAUAAGCUCUCGUGUUUCUUCCAGUUGUAGCGAGAGCAUGAGCGCAACGUUAUUAAACAUGAUGAAAAGCUUGCCAACUGAUUGUAACAUUGGCUGUGGUAAGUGUGGAUAUGUACCUUAUGUAGUCGUACAGGCAUGCAUUUGUCUCAUUUCGUUUUCGCUUCCUUCGCUUGAGGACUGUUUUCUUUUGUUCCUACCGAGGGUAAUGUUAAAAGGGACGAGAGGUAGUUUAGGAGAUGGUUACAAAAUUGAAAUAAGAGUUUGCGUUAGUAUUAGGGUUAGUGUGUGGCUUAGGUGUGAGGUGAUGGUUAGGGUAAGGUUUAGUAUAAUUGUUGCUGGUUGUUGAUUGUUUUGGGUAAAGACCUACCUAAAAUGAUCAUGUUUUGUGAUUGGCUUUCAGAAACAAAUCAGAAACAAAAAUUAUCAUUGUUCUUGUUCUUUGGAAAGACGAUUUCUAUAGUUUUAUUGUCUUUCAUUGUUAUAAUCAACCAACCACGAGCCUCCGCCUGGAUAGUAUAGAUAGAUGAUGACCCUUGAAAACCUGCCUCUAGUCCAUCCCCUUAAGCCACAACCCUAUCAAGAGGUUUUGUCCACUACUUUGGUUUCCCUAAAACCCUAACACUGUUUCAGCCACACUGGAUCAAUAAGGGUUAUAUCUUACCGCAUGGACCUCUAGGAAGAAGAGUUUAGAACUCUGGUAGACCUAUCCAGUAUAAAUAAAGUUAGUUUAGUUUAGGUUUCCUCCUGUAGCAACGCUGGAUCAAUAAGAGAUGAUCCUUACUGGACCUCUAGGAAGAACAGUUUAGAACUGAUAGAACUAUCCAGUAUAAAUAAAGUUAGUUUAGUUUAGGUUUCCUCCUGUAGCAACGCUGGAUCAAUGAGAGAUGAUCCUUACUGGACCUCUAGGAAGAACAGUGUAGAACUCUGAUAGACCUAUCCAGUAUAAAUCAAGUUAGUUUAGUUUAGGUUUCCUCCUGUAGCAACGCUGGAUCAAUGAGAGAUGAUCCUUACUGGACCUCUAGGAAGAACAGUUUAGAACUGAUAGAACUAUCCAGUAUAAAUCAAGUUAGUUUAGUUUAGGUUUCCUCCUGUAGCAACGCUGGAUCAAAAAGGAAUGUUCCACCCUAAGGCUAAGUACUAUUUUUCUCUCUAGCUGUAAUGUUUGAAUGUAUUCGAACAACCACAACGAUCUAUCCUCUCAAAACCUUACUGGAUCUUGCUGCCAAGAAGACUACGUUGUUUUUAACAUCAAAUUCGACCGAUCUGAAAUGUUUAGGUAACUAAAAUAGCUUGCUCUAAGUUUACUCAGAUUGUCUGGGAGGUUCACAUGCAAAAUACUCUGUGAGAUCAUGUCAAAGUUUCGUUAUGUUUUAUCACGCCUGUCAAAAAUGUAUGCAAAAGCGCCGAUAUGCUUCAACUUCUUUAAUUUUCAUCCUGUUUCUACUAAAUUUCCCACGAACAUAGAACAUAUAUCAUUCUUGCAAAUCGUAUAUUUUUUGGAAUUGCUACUUUUUGGCGGGUAAAUUACGUCACAAACUUGACGCCCAAAAAUUAAAAAUAAGCUGUUGGUGAUUCUGCAAUAUUAUUUUGUAUGAUAAUUACCAAAUAAGAAAACUUGUUUUGCUAAGGAAAUCGCGACCCCUUGGGCUUUGGCCGGGGCUAGAAAGAGCUAGGUUGGGAGUGUACACCCCUCGCCUUCAUACAGUCUAGGAUUCGUGUUCAUAAGAAUUUUGUCAUGUGUUUCUUCCCCACAGGAAUCACUGCAAUGACGUGGUUGGUGGAAGUCAACACUAGUUAUGCAGGAGAUGAGAAACUACAGCAAGUUAUCAUUAAAUGUCUUGAUGAUGAUGAUAAGACGAUUGGGAAAAAGGUGAGAGUGCAUGAAUAUUGUUGUUUUUCAUAUAUGGACCAUUUAGUGAUAAGAUUUGGCCAUCUUGAACAGAAUCUUAACACGACCUAUUGAACACCACUAGUGACAUAGACAGGCCUUAAAAUAUCUCUUACAGGGCCGUCUGACAAAAUGUCCGGUGACGUUGAGUUUGGGUCGGACAUAUGUCCGAUGACCUUCAGUUCAGUUUUGACUCGGAAAUAAAUCUGAAUGACACAAAUGAAUAAACGGUAAAUGUUGUCAAGAUAUUAAAUAAUUUGUUUAUUUCAUACUUAUUUCCAAGCCAAAAUUAACUUGCUUUCCAGAACAGCAGUAUUAAAAAAGACUUCGACAACUUAAGCCCGUUUUCCACUUCACCAUUUCGCUCGCUGCCCCGCACUCGAUUACGUUAAAACAACAUUUCCAGUUGACCUUUUAUACAAUAGUACUCUGAUUUUCCAUUUAACAUACAAGCUAGGGUACAUUUUGAUUUACGUCGGGCAAAGCUACAGUUCGGUCGGACAAACAAGAAACCUCAGUUUCACUUUGAUCGGACAGAAUGUCCGGUGGUUUCCAUUCUACGUCGGACAAUUUCACGAAUGGGUCGGACAAUGUCCGUGGCCGACCGAUAUUUUAAGGCCUGGUCACAUAGAUGAAAAGCGCACUAUUCUUCUAACAGCCAUCACCGUGUAUUUCUUUAUUUUUAACUUCGUUACCUUUAGAUAUUGGAAUUGCUGUACAAGAUUACAAACAGUGAGAAUAUUUGUGUGAUAUGUAAGAGAUUGUUGGACUAUAUCAGAUCUACAACAGAACAGUCGAUAAGGAACGAUGUGGCGAAGAAUUUAGCCCAACUUGCAAAUCAGUAUCCUUUAGUAAAUGUUACAAAUUUGUAUAUAUACGACCCUGAAAAAUUUUGUGUACAGUACUGCCAGGGCGCCGGAAAGUGGAUAAUUGGGAGGGGGGGGGGGGCAGAUAUUCAUAUAUUCAUGUUCUGCAUCAUUUAUUUCCUUUGAAAGCGAUUGUUUUUACAGUCUGUGAACAUGAAUAUAUGAAUAUCUGCCCCACCAAUUAUCGACUUUCCGGCGCCCCUGAGUACUGCCGUGUUCUAGGGAAACAGUCCCCAGUAAGGUCUAGGUUCCUACCUGGUCGUAAGGGAUAUUUCUAAGUCUGUCGGAAAGGUAAUGUUAUCUUUAAUAAAUUCAUUAAUACGUUGAAUUCUGAUAUACGUAACUCUUCAUCUUUAUUUAGAUUUCAGUUAAAAUGUUAAAAUUGUUUCUUUUUUCUCACUACAUAUAAUCUCAAUAAUUAUUUAUUUCAAAUACGCCAUGUGACGCUUUUCUUGUAAAAUUUGUAUUUAAUAUAGUAUAACUAGUCUCCUUCGCAGCCGCUCUCUAGUAUAACAUGAGGUAGCCCGAAUUCCUAUGAGUCUCUUGGUUUCUAUUUGGGCUUCCUCACCACCUUUUGUUCUAAUAACAUUUUGUUAUUAUACAUUUCCUUUUAUAUUAACUAUUACUUAUUUGUAUUGUGGUAAACCAAAUCAAUAAUUUGAAGCUGUGCGCCGGAGCCGGAGUGCCGGAGCUCUGGCAUAUUUUGCCGGUGCCGGAGCCGGAGUUGGAAAACUCCGGCAAAAACUCCGGCAGACAAAAUUAUGAAAAAUUAUUUCAUAUUUCAACGAACAUUUGGCAUUAAAUGGGAAAAUCAAGUUGUUGUUUACUAAUAUAUUACUAUUUAUAUGUUGCUUUACUAUAUACUACUAUGUGGUUUACUAUUAAUAGUGUUGUAAAAAGGUUUUACUUUUAAAAAAAGAUAAAUUCUGAAAUUACACUGAAAUACUUUCGCCUGCUUCCACUUUUAAAUAUGGAAUUUCCUUAAAAAUUUUCUUGCCGGACCCGGAGCCAGAGUUUUGACUGCCGGAGCCGGUGCCGGAGCUAAAAUAACCGGAGUUUGCACAGCUCUACUUGAAUCGUUCAUCUUAUGGUUCCAGGGGCUGCCAAAGACCCCAAAUACUCGACAGCCAAUUAUUAAUGUCUAAUAAGCAAGAAUGCAGACAACCCUGUCAAUUUUGAAGGAAACGUUGUCAAGGGUAUGAAUAUAUUCAACAUGAUAUAAUCUUGGAGGGUUUGUGACAGUGUAGGUAGUGGCAAUAAUAACAAACUUUCGUUGGUAGGGAUGCAUCUACCUGAAAAAUAUAUGGAGAAUUUCGACGUUUUGAGCGGAGGCUCCUUUGUCGGGAAGACGAGUGGCCUUCGCUCGAAACGUCAAAUUUCGCUUUGGUCAUUUUCAGGUAGUUGCAUCCCCACCAACGAGUAUAUUCAACGGUCGUUGCAUCCUUCACUCUAUCCAGAUAUGCUCCAAACAUCACGUGGUAUGUGGACACGAUAAAUGACGUCAUCCAGGCGGCUGACAGUCCUGUUCAACCUGACGUCAUGCACAGCCUUAUUAAGGUGGUAGCUGCAGGUAAGACGACGACCACUCCUCUGCACGCCUCAAAUUCACUGAACGUCUGGAAGACUAACAUUUAAUUUUACUAUCAAGGUGAAAGUGAUGAUCAAAGAAUCAUAGCGACUCAAUAUCUGGAGUUGAUAAAGAAAGCAACUUUACCUGAUAGUCUCAUUCAGAUAGCUUGUUGGGUGAGAAAACCUCUGUUUACUUUAUAAGUCCCGGUCAAACGAGGGUAAGAGUUCACAAGAGGGUAAGAGUUCACAAGAGUUUUAACUCUCGCUCGCGUUCGCUCUACUCUCAUCAACUUUGAACUGAAAAGUUGAGAAAACUCUCAUGAUAAAUUCUCGCUUCUCAACUCUCAUGCAACUGUUGUUCGCGUUUGAUCAAGCAAUGAACGUUGAGAAAACUCUCAUGAUAAACUCGCGCUUCUCAACUCUCAUGCAACUCUUGUUCUCGUUUGAUCAAGCAAUGAAAGUUGAGAGAACUCUCAUGAUAAACUUUCACUUAUCAACUCUUCGUCAACUCUCAUUCUCGUUUGACCAGGAAUUUAAACUGUUGCUUAAGUAAAGGAGAAGUGAAAGUAUAAUUUUUCUAGUAUUUAGCUACUGUAUGUUAAUGUUAUCUACGUGCUGCAUAUGUUCAAUACGAUUCACUAUUUAGGUUCUUGGAGAGUAUGGUAUUUUAAUUCAAGGUGGCAGUUCUCUUGACAUCGUUUCCUCACAAUUGAUAGCUCUCCUUGACCGAAAAUUCGAAGGUGCGUUGAGUUAUUACAUGAUACUGUAACUAUAUUACUGCCUACAAUAGCCGCCCCAACGUUUGAGAUUUCUACCCAUGUUAUAGUUGUUAAAUUGUUUGAGUAACCCAUUAAACCGCAAUACUCUGUCUUUACAGAUACCACAACACACGGCUGGAUUAUGACUGCCAUAGCAAAGUUAACUCGACAUAUUGGUGUGUAUUCACCGGAAGCGAACAGAAUUAUGGAUCGUUAUAGGACUGGAUUUCCUGCCGAGUUGAGACAGGUUUGUGUUGGGAAACUGAGCCAUAGGAUGGUUGUACACUAGUCAGUAGGUUUCCAAGCGUUAUAAGGCAAGUGGUCAGAAGAGCAGAAAUUCAGAAAAAAAAGACAGCAAUGUUGACACUUAUAUAGGAGACAAAAAAAUUAAACCACAUGUCUUAACUUCGUUUAUUAGUCAUCAAGUGAACUGAAAAAAAAAUUGUUCCAACUGUGGGCAAUAGUUGUCAAAAUGCGAAUUGUUGCUUCAGUCUUGUUUUUUUCUGUAGAGGUGUCACGAAAUCAACGUUUUAGCAUCGGAUAUAUCGUUGAUGAAAAAUGCGCUCCCAUCCGCUUCUAGUGAAGAAGACAUUAAGGUACCCCCUUUACAGCGAUAUUUUUAACGCUCAUAUUUUGCCAUCUUUCGAGUUUUUCGGUGUUGUUGCAUGACGAGAUAGCUGUGCUGAUUUACUUUUUGUUUUCCUUAUGAGUUACUGAUGGGCUCAAGAAUUUAUGAUAAAUUAUGUAUUUACGUUUCAUUCAAGGUGUGUUCGUCCCUAUCAUUUCUGGAUAACUUUGUAGCAAAGGCGUUGAGGGCUGGUGCCCUGACUUAUCAACAAAAUUUUAGUAAUAAUCAAGAAACGUCCGAAACAAAAAAAGGUUCGUUGUCAGGAGUUGAAAUUUAAAAAAACAUUUUAGUCGCUCAAAUGCAUGGCUAUCAGUGAAUAAGAUCUGGUCGCCAAAUUUAAUAUCAGGUCUCCCUAAAGCAAUGUCUUAUGAAGUAUUUUCUUUAUAUAUAUAGAUAACAUAAAAAACCCAGUUAUGUUGGCAAAUUGUAUGCAAAAGUAGAAUGAAAUGCAUGAUCACUGAGAUAUUUUAGGACCUCAGAAUUCUAGUUUGACUCUACCUCACCGCUGUCCUCGUGUGAAAACAAUGUGAGACCUCUUAUACAGAUGCUGUAGUUGAGAACAGCCAGAACAGACACAGUUAUUCAGUAUAAAUUAUUGACUCGAAAAUAUUUCAUCUCAAGGCUUUCAAAAGACGGCGGCCAUCAGAGCUUCGGCGGGAUCCACGAGGUUCACCGCUGGUUACUUUGUUUAGUACUUGAAAUAUCAAUUCUGCUCUCCUUCCUCCACCCUGAGCUUUCAAAAUCUGGUCUAGUUUAUAAUAGCUUGCACUUCUGUCUAGUUCAUAUCAAUAACUUUAAGACUUCCUUUAUAAUGCUGGGAGGAAGACGUCAUUUGGAAAAUAUCAGUUAGUCGUAAUGCACUGCAUCUUAAAGUAUUCUGAACUUCUUCACUCCUUAUAGCACCGCAUGAGUUGCGUUUUGAACCUUACGAAGACCCAUUCAGUCGUCAACUUGGGUUGGCCAAAGAAACUCUUGAACAAUUAAAGGAGACACCAUCUCACGUCUCUCCAGAGAACACGACUACGUCAUAUUUAGAAGGGAAUGUAGUACAAUCACCAACUAGAAACGAGCCAGCGUCUCUGCCUACAGCAAGAACUGUAUGGGGACCGUCCGGAUAUACUGGAAACAAAAUAAGAAAGGCUUCUGAAGGUCCAGAUAAGGUUGUCCAGUCAAGUUCUGGGCAUUCCUCUAGUGGGGAUUUGCCUGUGGAGAGGCCUAGUCAAAAGUGCAAGGAAACCACUGGACGUUUUCAGGUAAGAAGGCACAAGAUAAAGCCUGCCGCACACGAGAGCUAUCUGCUGAGCAAAAAGUUACUCGUGCCUGUUAGCUCAGCUGAUAGCUCACCGAUCAAACAUGUUUGAUACGUGAGAAAAGGUUGCAUGAGGAAAAAAACUCAGUAAAAUGUACCCGCACACGGUGAGCUAUCGGCUGAGCUAACAGGCACGAGUAACUUUUUGCUCAGCAGAUAGCUCUCGUGUGCGGCAGGCUUAAGGGCAGGUACAAAGGUUACCUAUCUAACUAGUUACCUGCUAACCUAGCUACCUACCUUCUACCUACCUAUACCUACCUACCUACCUACCUACCUACCUCCUACCUACCUACCUACCUACCUACCUACCUACCUACCUACAGUACCUACCUACCUACCUACAGUACCUACCUACCUACCUACAGUACCUACCUACUAGAGGUGUGCAUCGGAUCGCAUUGGACGUUUAUAAUCCGACAAUUGGCUAUGUCUUAAAUCCAAUCCAGUCCGAAGUUGUCUAGUCCGAAUCCGAUCCGAGUUUUGAUAAAGAAUUUCGAUCCGAUCCGAAGAAUCCUUUAAUAAAAUAAAUUUCUCAUUCAAGUGGAAAUAUUGAACCAAAUAAAUAUAAAAGCAAGAAAUACAUGUCAAGAAGCUGACAAAGUGACGUCCAAUUGAAGUAUCAAACGAAUAAUGCAGCGACAACCGCGUUGUCGUGGAUAAUUAAUUCAUUUUAUUACGAAUAUCGAAGUCCGAUCCGACUACGAAACAACUUUGUCAAUCCGAUCCAAUCCGAAAUGAAUAUUUUUGUUCCGAAAUCCGAACGAAUCCGAUCGGAUUCGGAUCGGAUUUGCACACCUCUACAACCUACCUACCUACCCACCUACCUGCCCAACUACUGUACAUCUACCUGUGAGCCCUACUUACCUAUACCUACUGUACCUACACCUACUGUACCUACACUGUUACCAACCUACUUGGAUAGCCAUAAUUUACCAUCAAUUUUAUACUUUUCAGGAAACAAAAGAGAACGAAAGAUCACCUCCAUCUAACAGCAAUGUCGAUGAAUCUCCGAACAUCGCCUUAUUUGCUGGUAUUAAACCUAAAUCAAAAACAGACACGUCGAAAAAGAUCGAAACAAAUACGACCUAUGACUCGCAAACUGAAGACACAAGUCCUUCAGAGGAUUUAUUUUAUUCUGGUACUGGUGUUUCACUCGAACAACGUUUCGUAAAGAAACUAGAUUUGUCUGAGCAAAAUGUAGAACCUGAAGUUGAUGCAGAUGAAGGCAGACAGUCUCGCGCGCCGGACUUGGAAAGAGAAUUCAUGGCCACAAAUCAAACAAAAAACACUUCUAGCCACAAUACCGAUUUACUUCUUGAUUCCAUUGGGAAUGACAAUUUCCAAGAAUGCCUUCAACCUUUACCAGUUGUAUAUCUUGGACUUUUAAAAACUACCUCUCAUAUUGAGAGAAAAGGCCAAAUUCCUAACGAAGAUAUUGUAGUUGCUCCCUUAUUGGAUACUGACAAAAAAAUAAGUCGUAGUGAGGACUCUGUGAGACAAGGUUCCAUACUAGAUGACGACAUUGAAAUUGGUGGACUUUCUGAAGCAGGAAAUUUCUUGAAACAAGAUUCCGCAUGCGGCGAAGAUAGUCCUAAAAAAGAUGGUGACUACAAGGAACUAUGCAUCGACAGUAACCUAAGAUUGGUCACGUGUUCUGUGCACAACCAAUCAGAACUUAUCAUGUUGUUGAAGUUGACCAAUCACAAUCAAAGCCGUGCCACAAUUGAAGGAAUAUCUUUGAAAAUUGAACCGCCGUCAAAUCUCAUCGCCGACCCGUCACGUACGGAAUUUACUGUGGAGAAAUUGUCCUUUUUAGAAACUGUAAGUAUUAUGUUGCUAAAUGCUUUUGGGUAGAGAAUUUGGAAGAAUAGACCUCGGUAUAAUCAUAGCCUAUCGAAUUGAAGAUAGCUGUGAAACUCAUUAGAAUAACAACAUAAUUUAUUAUCUAUGUUAGUCAACGUUUAUUUAUAAAUCUGGUCCUUCACCGUCACGUGUGUAUUGUAUUCUUCCAUCAAAAAUCCACCAAUAGCAAUUUCCAAUUUCUCUAUUGUUCGAGUCACGGAUAGGUAACUUUCCUAAAGCAUUGCUGUUGGUUAGUUGGGAAAAAAUACAAUACACACGUGACGGUGAAGGACCAGAUUUAUGAAUAAACGUUGACUAUAUAUGACAUAGAUAAUGAGUUAUAUUGUUAUUCUAAUGAGUUUUAAGUCAUCUUCCCUGGUUUCAUUAAAUGUAAAUUGCAUGCAUGUAGAAGAGUGAGGAGAUUUCGACGUAUCUUAUUAAUAAAGAAUGAAAUCCCAGAAAUACUUGUGAAUUAUAUUUUCCUCUUCAUUUUACUGUAAAAUGAAUUCGUAAUUUCAGUUAUAUUUUCAUUUAUUCCACGUACAGAUGACCGAAGAGGUCUCCAUGAAAUACCAAUACCCGGCGACACGCAUGUCUUUCAAAGGAACCCUAAGAUAUUCUGUAUCGAAAAACUCAAAAGUUUUAAACUUCGAGCAAGAAGUACCCGCCAGACACCUGUUCAGACCACUGACAAUGUCGACGGAACAAUUUGGUGAGAAGUGGACAUCAACCAGCUGUGACGUACGUAAACACGUCGCUAUGACGUCACGGAGGUCUUGUGAAGAGGUUGUGAACAGUGUUGCAAAGUACAUACGUUUCGAAGCAGUCGAUAUUAAAGGUAUGUGUUUUGUGAAAAAUAGUGGCUAAAAACAUCACUGGCUAAAAGGCAUGCCGAAAACAGGCAUACUUUAUAGCUACAAACCUUGGCUAUAAGGUAUGCCGAAAUCAUGGAUAAUAAAAUAAAUGGAUUGGAAACUUCUGACGUCAUUGACUGCAUCCUUGUUGAAAAACGUGACGUCACGCAUAUUGCGAAUGUUACCAAAGUUCUCGGCAUAUUUGUUGUUUUGCUAUAUUUUCCACUUUAAAAGGGUGAUCUUGAAGCGUAAACUGGUCUAAUUGUUUUAAAAACAUGCAUUUGUAGCUACGAAAUUGGCGUCACAAAUUUUAACGAAAUUUGCGAUGUAUUUUUCACUGUUUAGUGCUUGAAAUAUUUGCUAAAAUUGACUGGGAAUACUUAGAGUUUUCAUCGUAGAAUGGCGUGGUUACAUUUAUUUGCUCUUUGACUAAAAUGUUUAGCUGUAUUAUUGCUAAACAUGCCUUUUUUGAGAAUUUGAUUUUCAACUAGGUUGAGGCAUGCAACCACGCCAUCAAUCCCAGUAAAAACAUUAGGUCACGUCAGCUAGUUUCCUAUCCAUUUAUUUUAUUAUCCAUGCCGAAAUCAAGCGUACUUUAUAUAGCCACGUUAAUAAAAUAUCCUACUACUCCAUGGUAUGCUGAAUUUUUACAUAACUAUCUUCCAUGAACCGCUAUAGUAGUAUAGUUCAUACCCCCAGGGACAUCAGAGAUACACAGAUGCUGUAAAACCGUGGCUAUAAUUGACCGGUAGACUUUAUAGCCACGGUAAUAAAGUAACCGAACACAGCAUGUAUACUGCAUUUUUAUGUACCUAUUGGCCAUAAACUGCUUUUGGGUAGAGAAUAAAGUAUGCCUGUUUUCGGCAUGCCUUUUAGCCAGUGGUGAUUGGCUAAAAGGCAUGCCGAAAACAGGCAUACUUUAUAGCUACAAACCUUGGCUAUAAGGUAUGCCGAAAUCAAGCGUACUUUAUAUAGCCACGUUAAUAAAAUAUCCUACUACUCCAUGGUAUGCUGAAUUUUUACAUAAGGCCAAUGAAAAUUGAUAUCAUGUUUCUCGUCCCUGCCCGCAUGGGUUUUAUCUGCCGCACGAAAAUUUUUCAUUCAUUAUUUUUGAAAAAUAGGCUUAAUAAAACACCAAAUUGAUCUCCAGAUCGAAGUCUUAUUGCUGCAUUCCGCAAGCGCAACUCAAAUUGUAUCUUUCUAAAGACAUUACUCGCCAGAAUGCCUCUAUUUUUCAUGUCAGCCCUGGUAUGCGUAGAAAUAUACUGUAGAUAGGACGUAUUGAAUUAAAAUGAAUUAUACACUGAUUUACUUCAGAUUUUUAUGGGCGAAGGAAAUUAUUGACAAGCAGAAUUCACAAAAAAUAAUGAAAAAUGAAAAAUGAAAAAAUCCCGCUCCAAAUUUUUGAAAAUUGUGGAUGAGAAACAUGAUUUCAAUUUUCAUUGGCCUAACUAUCUUCGAUGAACCGCUAUAGUAGUAUAGUUCAUACCCCCAGGGACAUCAGAGAUACACAGAUGCUGUAAAACCGUGGCUAUAAUUGACCGGUAGACUUUAUAGCCACGGUAAUAAAGUAACCGAACACAGCAUGUAUACUGCAUUUUUAUGUACCUAUUGGCCAUAAACUGCUCUAGUUCAUAACUUCAUACAGUACCUUCGGGAUACAGCUGAGCCUGUGGUAUCGCCCAAGAAACUACAACGUACAGUACUUUAUUAUUUUACGCUGUCUAAUGCCAGACAAUUUUUCAACCUAAAAACACCCUGUUUAGAAAUUUUCUGGUUAAUAUAGAAUUAACACUGUUUGGGAUUAUCACUUUUAAACAGAAAUCUUUUAACCCGUGUACUCGUCAUGAUUCAUCUACAAAAUCCUUGAGGUACAAUGUAUCAUAUAUUUGAUAAUCCUUGUAUUGUAUCCCUGACAGGUUCAGAAGCUAUUUUGGCAGGAUCAAUCCUGGGCAAUGAUGUAUGCCUGUUACAUGUAAAUGUUGCAAACACGGAUGUCGAACUGUGGAUAAAAUCGUCCGGUAAAAAACUAUCUGAAAUGGUAAUGAAGGAAUGUUUGUCCGCUUGUGACAGACUUAAUUAAAACUGUCUAAACAGUCUAAUAUAUGCUUAGGAUUGGAAAUCCAGGCUGUCAGCCCAUAUUUCUUAUUAAUUUAACCCAUUGAGUGCUAGCAUUUUCCCCUUGACAUGUAAAAUCAUCUGCCAUUAGACAAAGUAAAAUUAUAAAGUAGGGUGUCUCAGGGUGCAUUGCCACUUAACCCUUUAAGUGGCAAUGCACCCUACUUUAGUAUUUACUCUGUCUACCGCCGGACGAUUUUACUCGUCCAGUGGAGAGUGCUGCCACUCAAUGGGUUAAAGACUUAACAGGAUGCAUGGGCAGUUUGUUUGGUUAACCCAUUGAGUAGCAACACUCUCCACUUGAUGAGUAAAAUCGUCCGGCGGUACACAGAGUAAAAUAAUAAAGUAGGGCAUUUCAAGGUGAAUUGCCACUUAAAGAAUAAACCCAUCAUGUUGCAGUGCGUACUACUUUGUAAUUAGCAAUUAUAUUAACUGAUCCUAGUUUCCUACAAAAAAUGCCACUCCAAAACGAUUAAAUCUUUUGAAUAUAUUUUGCUUUAAUUUUUGUAUAAUUAUAUUCGUGGACUUUUAAAUGUUUUACAUAUAUUGUACAUUUUCGUGAAAUUUUAAAUGUUUUACCUAUUAUUUUCAUUCGAACAUCUCUAACAAUUAAAGUAUCAAUUUAAGCUUUAUUUACACACAAUAUCAAUUUGUUAGGUCCAUAUUAAAGUCCAUAGUUCAAAAACUACUUAAGGGCAGAGGGUUUUGGGUGAAGCUCAGGGCAGCAAGAAAGGGUGCCAACUGUACUACUAUAACUAGUUUCCCUAGUUGUAGCCAUGUUAUACAGCAAAUCGUCUAAAGGCCCAUUUACACGAUACGACUAGUCAUAUACGACCGUCAUUCUGGUGUAUGAAACCACCACUAUUCCUGUUCAUCACUUUAUGGCAAAAUUUGACAUCUUUACAGCAUUUGUUUGAGUGCAAAAACCAGGACAAUUAUAAUCGUAUAUCACCAGUCGUAUUGUUUAUAUGUUAAUAAACACUCCAGGGACCCAUUUAUUGUAGUCAUGUCAGGGGGAGGGGAAGGGUGUGUUACUGAAGAGGGUGUCUUUGAUACAGGGGGUAUCAGGAUACAGAAAAUUUCAAGUCCUUACUACAGAGAUCCGUAUUUGGGGGAGGAGCUUAAUUUAAUAAAGGAUUUACAGCAUCUCAAAACAUAAACAUUGAAAUCAGCUGAUCAAGUCUCCUCAUAAUGCAAACACAGUAUUUCUAGAACCAUAUGUCGUCAGCAUCUGUGACUUUCUUCCCCAAGAGCUCUUCCUCAAACUGGCAAAGCUGUCGAAGAAACGAUCGAUUGGGCUUCACUGCCUGUCGUUUGGACUUCAUGAAAUCGUACGCUUCUUUCAAGCUCCAAUGUCGAGACUCCAUUAGAUAACACAGGGACAUUGUCGAACUACGACUCAUGCCCAGGUUACAAUGAACCAAGACACAGCCAUCCUCGUCGAAAGCGUUCCUAAUAAAGUCACAACACCUUCGAAAGUACAGCUUCAAGCAAGACGAAUUCAGGUCUUCGACAUCAAUGCUGAGGUAAGUAAUCUCCUCUGGAAAUGCAUUCCGAUGCUCGGUGCAAACAUUAACAAUGUGGGUAACUUUUAAAUUCUUAACAACCGUCUUGUUUGUUGCCUGGUCCCCACGGCCUUGGUAGAGCUUGCCCUCGACGAUUUCGGAUGGGUAGGCCUGCAGAUAUUUCUUGCGUUCUUGCUCAUUUGUAAUGUGAAUACUCGAGCAUAGAAAUGGAUACUGUUUGUUGAAUGCUUCGAAGCCACCUUUCAGUAUGCUAGGCUGGAUCCCGAAUUCUAGUAGUUCGUGAUAGAGCUUGAGCUCUCGGCAUGACGAGUCGUCCAUAUUGCACGAGCCUUCGCCAUAGAUGACGACCAUCGUGAAGUCUCGUAAACUCGUCCGUCCACCAAUGUAGCCAUAGUUGAAGAGCAACACCAGCUCCGUAUAAAUGACAUCGGAGGGUUGGGCGGUGACAAUAUGCGACAUGUCAUAUUCGGCACGACUUCGGAUGUCCAAGAUUAGGAUAUAGAAAGGAUCCAUUAUAUAAGCAUUUACCGUACCAUCGUUAAGGCAAUUGUACAACUCGUGGACCGUCAUUAGGUCUAAUUCUUCGCCAGUUCGUAAAGAAAUCACUUCAGACGUGCUCAGGUGCUCUCGUCUGUGUGUGGACACCGAAACAGCAUCCCCCAAAUUCUGAUUAUUAUCCUCAAUAUUUUCUAUAUAAACUUCUUGAUUUUUGUCGGAGGAAUGAGUACCAAACUGCUUCUCAAAAUACGCUGGAAUUGUGGAAUCUCUUGUAUAGUGACACAGCUUGUCCCCCACUACAGCAUUUCCCCCAGAAGUUGAGUCAUUUUUAUUAUGCACGGUCGUGUCUUGUAAUAUUUCGCCACUCGGUUGCGAGUGUUUGCUAUUUCGCCUCAAUGUACAAGAAAUUGUCUUAGCAUCUAGUCGUUCAACCGAUAAAUGCUUGCUGUGAUUAUUAAACGAAUUUCCAUCGGUCUGGGAGGAAUCGUUCGACCCUUGCCUUCCCACAUACCUUUGUUGAUUCGCUAUGUCGCCAGUACUUCUGCUUCGGUCGUGAAUUCGUUUCACUCUCGAGUACGAGCUGCCCAUAUUAUAAAUUAACAAACAAACUCGCAAAUAUAAACAAGAUUCCUUCGCAGAGUAAACCGUGGCGUUCAAGUCAUUGUACGUUAAAUGUUUCCUUUCUAAUGCCGAAACAAUCUUUCAAUAUUUAUACUCCAGACGCAACUGUGUUUGGUCGAGAAUUAAGUCAGAUUGAGUCGCUCAACCAUGUCCGUUUC